UUUCAAGGAUGUGGCGGAGCGGAGGUUGGAAACGGGAAGCAGGAACCGAGGGGAGAAGUGUCUAUAAUGAGACCGCUGCUGUUGAGCUCUUCGCUUGGCCGCUUGGUGACCGUUUUCGGUUCAUUUUCUGCUUCUCGAAACAAGCUCGUCACACAAGCAGCAGCGGCGCCUCAUCUCUAUUAUUUGAGAAAAACGAUGCACUAUCAAACGGAGGAGAGAGGACACCCUAAUUCUCCUGACUACCGGAUUUAUUUUAAAACCUCUGAUGGAAAAUACAUUUCACCCUUCCAUGACAUUCCACUUAUAGCUGAGACCGAACAGCAGUUUUUUCUCUUUCAGCAGGGCAAUGAUGUGCCACCUAAAAAAACAAAGAAGAACGAGAGUGAGGUGCUCUUUAACAUGGUUGUGGAGGUACCUCGAUGGUCAAAUGCUAAAAUGGAGAUUGCAACAAAGGAACCACUGAACCCAAUCAAGCAAGACAUAAAAAAAGGAAAGCUCCGGUAUGUUGCCAACAUAUUUCCCCAUAAAGGUUACAUUUGGAAUUAUGGGGCACUCCCACAGACAUGGGAGGACCCAAACCACACAGACAAAGAGACAAAGUGUUGGGGUGAUAAUGAUCCCAUUGACGUUUGUGAAAUCGGCACCCAGGUGUGCUUUCCGGGUCAGGUGAUCCAAGUGAAAGUGCUUGGCAUCUUGGCCAUGAUAGAUGAGGGAGAAAUGGACUGGAAGGUCAUUGCUAUCAAUGCUGAGGAUCCAGAUGCCAAAAACCUAAAUAACAUAGAGGAUGUCCGCAAGAGCCGGCCUGGUCAUUUAGAGGCCACUGUCGACUGGUUUAGAAAAUAUAAAGUGCCUGAUGGAAAGCCAGAGAACCAAUUUGGAUUCAAUGGACAAUUCAAAGACAAGGAGUUUGCAGCUGAGAUCAUUAAGUCCACUCAUGAGCACUGGAGGGCACUAGUGCAGAAGCAGACGAAUUGUGGGGAGAUCGAAUGCAAAAAUAUCUCCUGCUGUGACAGCCCUUUCAAAUGUAGUGCAGAUGAGACCAGAGAUGUGGUCCAAGCGGCCCCUGCAUUUGGCAGUGCACAUCCUGUGUCCACAGAGGUGGACAAGUGGCAUUUUGUCUGAAGUCCUGAAGACAAUAUGGAAGCCAACAAAACUUAACAUCGUAUGAAGCAGCUGCAUCUUUUGUAUGCAGCCACAUUUAUUUUUGGUAAGAACUCAUUCUCAACUGUAAAAAGUGCCAUCUAUGUUUAUCAUCCAAUAAAAAAAGAAAAUGCUAAUACCAAGUACACAGAAAAUAUGAGCCAGUGUACUGUGGUAAUUUUGAGUAAAGAACCUGAAGCGAGAUGCAUUUUUAAGUAUCAUAUUGGACACCACAUUGAUUUAUUAUUUGUCUCCUAUCUAUUAAAUUGUAUGUAUUUCAGUAUUAAGACUGGAAGUCAUGCUAAGAUGUUCUAAUUUGCCUUUAAGACUGUGUCCAGUUUGCACUUGCAACCACAACCACACAUGCAAUUUCUAUGUAACAAAUACAACAAUUUCCUCCUGUUUGGGUAAAUAAAAAAAUGAAGGUGUGAACAUGA